AUGCUCUUUACUAGUUUUGUUUUUAGUUUUGGUCUAAAUGGAUCUUGGCUGUGGAAGGUCAAGGGACCAGUUUUGGAGGUAUUUUCUACUAAUCGUGGUGAAAGAUGUAGUUCAUGGUGUUUUGGAGCUGCUUUGAAAGAUACUUGUACUAUUUCUGCUGUGAGAGAAUUUCCAAGCUUUGAUAACUCUACACCUAAACUUCUUGUUUGUGUAGAGUCAGCUACUUCUGGCAGCCUACUCUACCUUUUUGACAUCAAGACUUCAAAAGUAGUAAAAGCAGUGCAACUUAACAACAAAAUCACUUCAUUGGCCAUUAUUAGCACCAAGGAUGGUUCUUGUAUAGAAAUGUACCCACUACAUCAUGACCUUCAGUGCAUGUUUGGUGUAGUUGCUGUAGGAACCUCUGGUGGACAGGUUUUUCUACUGGAUUUGAAUUUAGAUGAUGAAACCUAUUAUAGUAAGUUAGCUCCAUAUCUGGCAGUUACGAUCACUCUAAAGAAUCACAGCAUUCCAGGGAGGCAGGAAAACAGCAUAAGACACAAUCAGCAUCUUUCUUUGCUACUUAAUGAUGACAGUCUUCAGCAGGGUGUUUUCUUCUAUAAAAGUGAAGAUAAUGCUCUCAUACAUUCAUUAACUGUUGAUGAAGCUUUAUAUGUCAGCAGUAUAGAAUAUGUGAAAUCUUUGGUUGCCUUAGUCGUUGGUUUUAGUUUUGGAGGAUUUCAGAUUUGGAACAUGAACAAAAUGACCUUAGAGUUUAGUUUGUUCAUAGAAUCAGGGCUUCCUCCUGUAGUCAAGUUUGCUUUUCAAGAACCAGAAAACGACCCUCAAAAUUACUGUUACCUAUGGAUUGUUCAUGGGCAAUCAGUAUCAGAUGAACAGAGACCUCAAAGAGCUGCUGUUGCAUCAAUGUUUUCUGUAUUUUAUAAAAGAAAAGAAUGGCUUGAUGGCUAUGGUUUUUUUUACCAGGAGUUUAGCACUUGCUCACUUUGUUUCCAGUAUUCACUCACAUUAGAUCCCUAUAACCCAGACUUGGGUCAUUCAUCUGAGAAUAUAGAGAAUGUCAGUCGUCUUAUAAGCUGUUACACCAUACAGCAGUCUAGUGUCUGUGGAUCAGAACAAGAUUCUGUAGAAAAUAAUGUGUUUGAGGAAAAGUUUUUUGAAUGCUCUUUGAGUUUGACAGAACGUGAUUUUAAUAUUUUAGAUUGGGAUGAUAUUCAGGAACUUAGCCUCUGUGUUGUGGUAUGGGAAGCAUGGCAUAAUGUAGCAGACACCUGUUCUCAUUGUUUCAUGUUACUAUUUGAUAUUAAUCAAUGGUAUCAAGCUGAAAUGCCUUCUUUGUUCAGAAUUUCCCCUGAAAAAUUGAGUUCUUUUGUUGGAAUAUUUUCUCUAUCGGAAGUGUUAGAGGAGACAAAGAGGGGUGUGUUUUUGGAUGCAUACAUUCUUCCCAACUCUAUUAUCAAGUUCAGUGCCAAAUCAUUAGUUGACCAGUUUUAUUUCCCUUCGUCACUUGGAUUCAAGAUUUUUUGUUUGACUGAAAAUGGGUUUAUGCAGCUUUCUUUCCUUGGAAUUCAAAGACAGAUCUUGUCUCAAAUGGCUAUUAAAGGACCAAGCAUUUUUGUCAAUCCAAAUAUUCUGUACAAUAUGUGUGUAAAAGCUGGGCUUGUAUCUCACUGUCAAGAACUUGAUGAUAUAUCGACUGCAACAAAAAGAGAAACAAUUCUAUCAGUGGCUCUCGAGUAUAACCUGACCCAUCUAUUUGCUGCUUGCAUUCAGCAUUGGGCAUCUGGUGCAUAUAAUCAUGCAGGAUGCACUCUUAGGUUCUUAUAUAAUUGGGCUUGGGAAAAAGUGAACCAGAUAAAAACAACAUGUGACGAAUUAUUGAAGCCACUGUUCAACUGUUCCGAACUAGAACUGAGCCAAUCUACACUACUAGUUCUUCAGAAAUAUAGUAAUCAGCUCAGUCAUAUAAGUCACUUGUUUAAUCUCUUGCAGUCUAAGUCUGACUCUAUCACUCAGCAAGGCCAAGGUGAGCAAAAAUUGAGAUAUGAAGUUACUGAACUCAUUGCUGUUUACCUGAAAGCUACUUUAUGGAUGUACACCUGCCAACUGUUGCCUGAACAUAAUGAAGAUACAGCUUAUGGAGAAAACAAGGUAACCUACCCUGUCAAAAUCCUUACAGACUUUUACUCCAGACGAAGGCAGGAGCUUCAGAAGCUUAACAGAACAGUGAGCCACACAGAUAUACUGUUGAUUGAUGGUCUUAUUUUGGAAAUUGAUUCUUUCCUGGACAAGUCUACAUAUCUGUGGCAAAGCAAAGGAUGUAAUGGGCAGUAUCCUCCACCAAGUUUAUAUGAGGCUUUGAAUACCUAUCUUCUCAAGGAGGUCCCAUUAGAGAAGAAACACUGUAUGAUCCUCUACCUUCUUCUGGACAUGGCAGCAUUCCUCUCACAACACCAAAGUUAUCUAGUAAAAAAUCUUAUGGAAUACCCUGUCAUCUUUCACAUGAAUUCCAGCCUUGUAAAGCUGACCCAAGGAUUUUGGCUACUUGACCACCAAGACUUUGAGGAAGCAUUGUCAGUCUUGCUUGACCCAGUUAUUGAUCCUUCUGUCUUCAAGUCAUGGCAUCACCUUCAUAUCUUGAUAGCUUUUCUGUACCAAGGAGAACAUCAGAAGGCAUUGAAGUACACCAGACUCAGAAAUCCCUCACUGGAAAACAUAAAUGAAGCCAAACUUCACCUGACAAUCUUACUAGCUAACAGGUUGACAGCUGAAGCAUUUUUCUUCCAACAACAGUACAGGGACCAGAGAAACAUGAAUGAUUUACUUUCACAUUUCUUCUUGGGAUGUCAGCAGACACAUAUGCUGGACUCAUUGUUAAAGUUACCACUUAGUGCAGUAGAGGAGAAAUCUCUUUUUCAGUUUUUAUUCAAAAGCAAUGACCCAAGAUCCAAAGAAUUGUUACUUAUGUAUUUCUUACAAAGGAGUCGUCCAUUACAGGCUGCACAGUUGAAUGAAAGAAUUUAUCCCCAGCUUAUGAAUUCUGAUGACUUAAGUUACAAAAAUAGACUUAAAGCAAGAAAUGCUCUAGUUAAAGGACACCUCCUAUCUCUUCCUGAAGCUCAACAUCAUUUGGCAUCAGACAUUUUACUCCACCAACAUCAGAGGUUGAACAGGAGACUAGAAGUGUCAUGGUCUUUUCCUGUAUCAGCUUUUGUUUCCACCAAGACUUUGCCAUUGGUUUCCUGUUCAGAUUUUUCUCAAUUUAUAAUGGCCAAAAUUGGUGAAACUGAACCUUCUGUAAGUCAAGAUCCAACACCAUUUAUAAAGAGCUUGCAUGAGAAUCUGAACUAUAUGGUUAAUAAUGUUCCAUUUUUUCGUGAUCCUUUAACAUCAUCCAAAUUGAAAGCAGACAGUUUGUCAGAAAUAUUUUAUCCAACUCGGGUGACUAAGUAUCCUGUGAAGCGAUCAGCAGAUCAUUUUGAGAUACUGGGUUCUCCUAAGAAGUCCAGAUUAGUGGAUAUGUCUCCAUUUAAAUCAUCUGAUUUGUAUAGAAGAAAUAGUACAGAACAUAUUGGCUCAGAAGUGUUGUACCUGCUCAAGCCUUCUCCAAUUUCUAGGAAGUCAGUUUCUGCAGGGGAUCAGACCCUUACAGCUAGUAUGAGCACUACUCAGUUUACUCUUAAAUUUAAUCAGUUCUGUGACAGGCCAGGCAGUCCAGUAAUUGUAAAGGAUUACGAACAGGAAGUUAAACAAGAGAAUGUUUCCAAACAGCUUCACUUUUUACUUCCCAAGGCUAGAUCUUUCACUUCUUAUCAAGACCAAUGGUUUUCAACUCCAUCUGUGUGGAGCUUUAGAAAUAUGCAAGAUAGAAGUUCAACUCCUGAGAAGUCAUCUCCAAAAGACUUGAGUAUAAAUCCCAGGAAGUUACUUCAUCAAAUUUCCCUUACUUCAUUAUCUUCAGAAAUCCAUUCCCCUUUCACCACUGAAGACAUCAUAGAAACUAAAGUGGUUGAUGAGGAGUCUGAACCUACUCCAUCUGUUUACAAAACUUCAUCUAUUGAAGAGUACAGCACAUGGAUUCAAACUGAGUCUGCCUCACAUGAAGCUGCUGAACCAUUUACUUAUAAAAUCCUUGAAGUUGAACAUCAGUUGAAUAUGGAAACUUCAAAAGUAGAAAACUAUUCAAGUGAUGAAAGUGGCAAAUACCCAAAGCCCUUCAGACAUAAAAACAGCCAUGUCCCUGAUCAAAUGUCUAAGCAAGAAAUUGAAGAUAUGUUAAGAUCUUCUAGAUUAAUCACUGAAACACAAGAGAAAACAGAAUUACUGUUAACACCCUCAGAAGUACCAGUUCAAAAUAUGGUUUAUAUGGUAGAAAAUCCUUCACAAAGAACUUGUGAUAAACAAAAUGAAACAAAAAUUCACAUAAUACCAUACAAAACACCAAAUGAAGAACAAAAUUACAUAUGGGGAUCAUUAGAGUCAAAUAUUGGUUCACCAGAAAAAGUGGGAUUAUUAAAUUCUUCUGAGAUGUCAUUCAGAGAAAGUAAGAAUAUAUUAGAACCUUCAGAGAUAACUAAUGAAAUGCCAAAAAGAUUUAGAUUCUCAACAACAACUUCUGAACUAGCAGCUGAAGGAUGGAAAGAUGUGGUAAAGAUUUCAGAAAUAGCUGCUGAUACAUCAGAUAAAUUUCAGCAUUCAGUAAUGUUUACUGAAGUAAUAGGUGAAGAAAGGAAAGACUUUGUCGUACCUUCAGACACAUGUGUAGACACAACAGAGAAAGUUCAUAACUCAAUAUCACCCAUGGGAGUGGCAGCUCAAGAGAGGAAAGGUAUUGUAGGACCUUCAAAGACCCCUGUUAAUACACCAAUGAAAAUGCAGUUCUCAAAAACACACAGUGAAGUCAUAGUUUUGGAAAAUAAAGAUACUAUAGGACCUUCAGAAACAUCAGAAAAAUUGCAGUACUCAGUAAUGCCCAUUGAAGAAGUAGUUCAAGAAAAGAAAGUUAUUGUAGGACCUUCAGCAAAAAGUUUUGAUACACCAAAGAAACUACAACCCUUAGUAACAUCCUUAGAAGUAGGAAUGCAAGAAAAUAAAGAUACUACAGGACUUUCAAAAACAUCUUUAGACAUACUGGAGGAAGUGCUGUACUCAGUAGCACCCAUUGAAGUAGCAGUUCAUCAAGAAAGAAAAAAUAUUGUAGAAGCUUCAGAGACAGUUGUUGAUACAUCAAAAAAAGUAUAUUUCCCAGUAGUACCUAUUGAAAUAGAAGUUUUGGAAAUGAAAGAUAUUUUAAGACUUCCUGAGGCAUCUGUAAAUGUACUAGAGAGAGUGGAUUUCUCAGUGACACCCAUUCAUAUAGCAGCACAGGAUAGACAAAAUGCUCUUGUUCUUUCAGAGACUUCUUCUGACACAUCACAGGAAAUGCAGUACUCAGUAACACCCACUGAAUUAGUAGCUGAAGAAAGGAAAGACACAGUAGGAUCUUCAGAGACUUCUGCAGACACAUCAGAGGAAACACAAUUCUCAGUAAUACCCACUGAAAUAGUAGCUGAAGAAAGGAAAGACACAGUGGGACUUUUAGAUACUUUUAUGGACACGUCAGAGGAAGCACAAUUCUCAGUAACACUCACUGAAGUAGUAGCUGAUGAAAGGGAAGACACAAUAGGACUUUCAGAGACACUAGCUAAUACACCUGAUGAAGUAGUAGUCCAAGAAAAAGAAUGUUUUGCUAAUCCUUCAGAAGCAUCUAGUAUUGCAUCAUCAAAUAGUGGAGAUUCCACAAAACUGUUUGAACUAUCACUUGAAGUAGAACCUUCCAUUAACCCUACAGAAAAACUAUGUUACACAGAAGUAUACCCUGGAGUGUCAUGCCAUGAUAGGGAAACUACCACAGAACUCACAGUUACCAGCACUGAAAAACCAGAGGUAGAAAUGGAAAUUGGAGAAGCACCCAUAAAUAUAAUUAUGAAUACUGUAAACAUGGGAAAAGCUGAAGAAGUGAUGAUGGAAUGUGAAGAAGAAACAUACAGGCUUUUUCUUUGUAGCUCAGAAACUGAGAAUGAACAGGACGUGGGUGAUAAAAGAGCAAGCCUUGCAGUUGAUAAAAAGCAGAGCAUGUUUCAACAAGAAGACUUUCAAGAAAAAGAUAAACUGGAUACAAAUUCCAUCCUCCAAACCAGUUUUGGAACAGAACAAGAGCACAUUGAACCAGUCAUUGAUGAAAACAAAAAUCUUGUGAUUUUAUCAACAAUGCCUGUAGCUAAUUCUUUAAAAGAUAAUUUGGAGUUUCCACAGUUAGAAAAUGCAAAGAGUUUGCCAGGUAGAUCAGAAGAUCCCAUUAGGUCAAACAUUCCAUCACAAACUAGCCCCAAAGAAGUAACAACACAGUCCAGAGAUUCUGAAUUUUCCAUAAUGCAACAUCUAAAUUCUUCAAGAAUUGCCACUUGGAAGACUGGGAUCGCUCUUGAGGAGUGUGAUUCUCCACUAAACUCAACAAAUACCAAGUCUAUGAAUGAAAAAGAUGCAAUUGGCUACUCCAAGUGUAUAUUUGCAGAACUAACUGUGCCUAAAGAAAGUGAAGAUCUUCCCACGUUUGACACUUCAAAAACAUGCACUACAACCUUCACAUUUUCUCCACCACUUACGAAAUUUCUCCCUUGGCAAAAAAAUUCAUUAGAUAUUGGUUCAUAUCACCCCUUCAUGGAGUCUGUUCAGUCUCAAACUCAACAACUAAAGGACCCUUUGCUAAGUGACUCAUCAACAUCAGUGACUUCAAACGAUUCAGACACUGUACUGGAAAGUUGGGCUGUGGUCAUAGAGACAAAAAUGAAACGAACAAAAUCCAAAACUAGUUUAAAAAGUAGAUUUAACUAAUGACUUAUGAACUUUAAUAAAAACCUUGGGGUAGUGAGUUUUUUUCAUUAUCAGUUUGAACUUAUGUAAGAAUACUUCAUCAAUGUUGUAACAGUAUUUUUUUUUUAUUGUGUACAAUUUUCAUUUACUUCAACUUUCCUAGUUCCUUCAUAAAAUAUACCAUGUUAAAUACUGAUUAAUGAAAAAUUUACAAACUAAAUACCAGAAUUUUAAUGGAUAUGAAAAAUGCAUAAAUUAGAAAUUUGUAGUCAAAACAUUCAUUUCCAUAACUUGUAGGAACAUAGACCAUCUUUUAGAAUCUUUCUUUUUAAUGUGUUUAAACAUAUAUCUAGCUUUAGUUAUAGUUCUUUUAAUAGGCAUGUGUACAUAAACACAAGUGUUUGAUGUAGGAUCUUUUCAGGUAAUCACAGAUAUGGAGACAAAAGUUUUAGAAUUAUUUCAGCUGUGUACAUGGGCAUAAUAUUUCAUUUAUAGGAUUACCCCAAGAAUGCAUAUAUGUAUAUAUAUAAUUAGUAGUUAUAACCAACAUUCAUUAAACUGUUGUUUUAUGAUCAUUUAGUUUCAUAACUAAAUGGGGUGAAAAUGUGCCUGUGUUCAAAAUAAUUGGAACAGUCUCCUUGGUUAUGUUCUAAUUUACAAAAGCAAAAUUAUUACAACACUUCAAAAUUAAAAAGUUCUUAUUCAGAAACUAAUUCUAAGAAUUUUUCUGUAUCUAAAAAAUAGCAAGAAAUUUUAAGCUUAAAAUGAGCUUUACCUGAGAAUUUUUAUACAUUUAAGCAGGUAAAAAAACUACAGAAUAUUUUCCCAUCAGAAGUGUUUUGAUUUUAUUAGAAUACUAUUGCUCAAAACAUUUGCAUGCAGUGGUACAAGAAUGCACUCAUCUUGUAUAUUUUCAUCAUAAAUCCUUUGAACUAUUACUUUUAAACAUCCUUCAAAAUUGAUAGUAACCUAAGAUUAAAUUUUCAAUUCAUAACCAUAAGAUAUAAUUUGUUUCCCAUAUCCGGUUUUUAUUUCUUUACAUUGGUUAUCUUACCAUUAUAUAGGAUAAAUAUUUCAUUUAAAAAGUUGGAUUUGGUAUUUUCUUAUUGGAACUAAAGUAUUACAAAUUAUUUUAAUACUAGCAUUUUUACAUGACUACUAUGAGAGGUAUAAUUUGUAAAUUGUGUUCUGAAUAUUGUAUAACAUUGAAUGAAGUACAAAGUCAGAUUUGUUGAUUUUACAAUAACAACUAUAGUAAAAAUGAUGCAGUUAUUUGAAAUUUUUUUAUUGGAUGUGCGAUACAUGAUCCAUUGCAGACACUUCAAUGAACUUGUAAAAAAAAAAAAACUAAAACUAAAGAUCUAUUCUUCCAUGAUGAAAAUGGUGUUGGAUUUGUUUAGUUUACAUAUAUAAAAAACUGGGAUUUAACUCAGUCAAUUCAAAGUUUCAACUGUUUGAGUUCUUUAUUUAGCGAACUUUACACAAAAAUGAAGAUGUAUUUUUUAUUAUAUUAUUGGGAUGAAUCUCUAUCACUUAAAUGAAAUGAAACAAUCAUAUUGUGGAACUUUGAAUUACCACACAACACAAAUUGUUCAAUUAAUAUAUUUGUAUAAUGUUUUACAAAAAAAAAAAAA